AGCAACAUAAAAUCAAAUCUGAAAAAAAUUAAAUCUGAAAUAAAAUUUAUUUUUAAAUUAGUGAGCAGCAUGGCAAGUAUAAGUCUAUUGAAUCCCAAAGCUGAAAUCGCACGCGCUGCACAAGCGUUGGCCAUCAACAUGUCGGCGGCCGUUGGACUGCAGCGUUUGAUGGGCAGCAAUUUGGGGCCCAAGGGCACCACCAAGAUGCUCGUCUCGCCAGCGGGUGACAUUAGAAUAACCAAGGACGGCAAUGUGCUGCUGCAUGAGAUGCACUUUUGCCAUCCAACGGCAGCGAUGAUAGCCAGAGCAAGCACAGCGCAGGAUUUCGAAACAGGCGAUGGCACCACAUCGACGGUGCUGCUUAUAGGUGAGCUGCUCAAGCAGGCAGAGCGACUCAUAGCGGACGGACUGCAUCCCAGGCUGCUGACUGUGGGCAUAAUGCAGGCACGCGACAAGGCAGUGGAGCUGCUGGAGCAGCUGCGUGUGCCUGUGGAGCUGGAGCGCGAAACGCUGCUGAAUGUGGCGCAGACCAGCUUGAGAACCAAAGUGGAGCGCGACUUGGCGGAUCUGCUGGCGCAAAUCUGCGUGGAUGCGGUGCUGAGCAUACGUCGCGAGCAGCAGCAGCCGCUGGAUCUGAAUAUGAUUGAGAUGAUGCACAUGGUGCAAUAUACGACAAUGGACACGCAACUGGUGCAGGGCCUGGUACUGGAUCAUGGCGGACGCCAUGAGCUGAUGCCCAAGCGCCUGGAGCAGGCCUACAUACUCACAUGCAAUGUGUCGCUGGAGCUGGAGAAGACCGCAGUCAGCUCCAGUUUCUGCUAUGCGACGGCAGCGCAGCGUGACCAAUACGUGCUGGAGGAGCAUCGCUUCAUUGAUGAGCGCGUGGCCAAGAUUAUCGAGCUGAAGCAGCAGCUUUGUGGCAGCUCCGAGCGCGGCUUUGUAGUCAUCAAUCAGAAGGGCAUUGAUGUGCCCGCUUUGGAAGCCUUUGCUGCAGCUGGCAUACUCGCGCUGCGUCGCGCCAAGCGUCGCAACAUGGAGCGCCUGGUGCGCGCCUGUGGCGGCGAGGCAUUGAACUCACUGGAAAAUUUGAAUGCCGAGCAUUUGGGCUACGCUGGCGUUGUGCAUGUGGAGCAGCUGGGCGAGCAGGCGUUUACUUUUGUGCAGCAGUGUCGCCAUCCCAGCUCGGUCACCAUACUCAUACGCGCGCAGGCAGCACAUCAGGUGGAGACCAUUAAGGAUGCCAUACGCGAUGGCCUGCAUGCCAUACAGAAUACCCUGCGAGAUGGCUGCCUCAUCCCUGGAGCUGCUGCCUUUGAGUUGCGCGCCCAUCGCGUUCUAAGCGAAUUCAAGCACUCCAUUGUGGGCAAGGCUCAGUUGGGCGUGCAGCUGUUCGCGGAUGCGCUGCUUGUCAUACCCAAAACCUUGGCCGCCAACAGCGGCCUUGAUGUGCAGGACACCAUUGUGAAGUUGACUGCAGCUGCGGGCGCUCAAAGCGAGCUAAUUGGUCUAGACUUGAACACGGGCGAGCCGCUGGACACAGCUAAGCUCAAAGUCUUUGAUAAUUACUGUGUGAAAAAGCUGGUGCUAAGCUCCUGCUCCAUCAUUGCCUGCAAUCUGCUGCUCACCGAUGAGAUUAUGCAAGCGGGCAUGACCAGUCUGAAGGGCCUGCAAUAAGCCAAAAGAUAUGUUGUCAGCUUAAUUAAAUAAAAUAAUAAACGCACGUUAAUGUGGCGAAAUUAAAAUAAAAAUAAAAU